CAGCCUCGUGCAGUCGGCACCUUGUGAAAAGAGGUUCCACUAGCUGUUUAUAUUUUCUAUUUCGAUUUCUUUGCUGAAAUUUUUUUAUCUAUUUGUUCUUAUUUUACGGAUCGUCAACUGUCCUUUUCAGUAGGAAAAGGAAAAAGGGCGCAUAAAAAAUACAUGACUGAAUUUUGAGAUGGUAGAAACUCAUCGCGAUGCUGAGGCUACUGAAAUUAAGCGCAAUUUCUGUUCACAAUGCAUUUCCAACUGUACAGCAUUCCAGAUUGAACUGCACCCUUUGCAAUAGGAGAUAUGGAUUCAUACUAGGGUCCAAAUCUCGAUAUCGUCGACAACAAAGGUACCUGUCAUCGAGCUCAAUAAGUUUCCAAAAGAACCUCUUACGCAAAAGGACUAGUGGCAGGGGAAACACAUACUCUAAAAUUUUAGGAGUUUCUUCCAAAGGUCUGGGGGAGAGAGAAGCUAAAGUGACUACUUUUUGCUUAGAAGGUGCAACCAGUACAAGUGUCAAUGAUGUUAGGGCUGAACUUACCGAAAGGUUGGAAACAAACUCUUCAUCUAAUUCCGAAGCAAAGGAAAUGCUGGAAGAACUCAAAGAAAUGGAAGAAGAAGGUCAAAGAGGCCAAGAAUUUCUGAUCGAAGCGAUGCCCAUUAAUGCUGAACUGGUUCAGACGUCCCUCAUUGAAAACAAUGUUAAUACUAGUGUUAAAAAUUCAAAGAAACUGAAACUUAUCCGUGAUAAACUUAACAAAAUCAAAUAUAUGGAGUUAAACAAAGCUGGAAAAGAAACAAGUUUUAACUAUUCUUUAUUAUCAUACAUAAAUAUGUGUAUCAAUUGUGGAUUUAUGAAUAGAUGUUGGUCAACGUUAUCAUACUAUUUAGAGAAAAGUAUUGUUCCCAUAAAUGAUGUUCAAGUGAUGAACAUGUUAAUGGAAGGCUAUGCAAGAGGGGGAAAUCUUGAUAAACUUAUGGAGGUUUGGUCGAUAUUGGAUUCAAAGAACAUGAGACCAUCGGAAAUGUCCUUUGCCCAUAGGUUUGAAGCCAUUGCAAGAUCAGCAAAACGGGAUAAACAUGAACUGUUGCUAUCCUGCUUUAAAGACAUGACCUCAAUGGGAAUAACAUUGGAUAAUAUAUUUAAUAAAUGUGUUUGGAAAAAGAAUUCAAGAGAAGUUAUAUUACAAGCAAUCAGGGUGAUUCGUCCUAAUUAUUCACCUAAUAUCGAAUUGCCUGAUGUUUUUUAUUCAAAUACUCUCGUUAAUGCUUUAAAUGAAUGUGAUACUUCUUUAAUGAAUUCUCCUGCUGAAGGGUUAUUUACAUUAAAUGAUGUAAAUAAUUUGUUUGAUACACAAGUGAAAAUGGAAACAAACACAUUUGUUGAAAUCAAGUCUAUUGAAAAGGAGGCCGAACCAUCAGAAACAUUGACUUAUUAUAGGAAAAAAUUGAAUGAAAUGACUGCACUGUGGGACAAGAUUAUAACUUCAUCUUUAAAACGAGAUUUAGCAACAUUAAAUACACAACACAAAUUUAUGCACAAGUCAUUCAGACAAUUAAACAUUUACCCUUAUUUAGUCUAUUUGGACCAAAAUCAAUAUAAAGAAAUAAUUUUGGAAGAAAUUAGAAAAUUAGCAGAAGGUUCUGAAACUUAUAGUCCUUCAUCUGUCCAUCUUUAUAGGGAAUUGGGAAAUAAAGUUCGUAUAAGGUGUGAAGUAAAACAGAAAAAGGCCGAUGGAGUUUUGGAACAAACGAAACAUUUGUACAACAAGUAUUUCGAUUGGUAUAUGAACCCUAGUAAAUAUAAAUACGUAAAUUCACGUAUGUGCUGGCAGAUGUUGAAAUACAAGCAUCAGGAAGGGCCGACUAUUGAUAAAGAUGUUGACGCCUGGCCGGCAAGUGUUUUAAUAGGAGUUGGCCAAUUUCUAUACAGUAUUAUAUUGAAAGACAUUAAAAUUGAUGUCAAUGUCAUGAAAAUGAAUUCAAAUCAAGAGCAUUUGUUACCUGCUUUUUACACUGUAUUCCGAUAUCAUGGUUUUGCAAUAAAAGAAGAAGUGAAACCACACCCGAUUCUUUCGAAAAUUUUUAGGGCCGCUCGUCUUCCUUAUUUAAAGUUCAGUGUGACAGAUGUACCAAUGAUGGCACCACCGAUUCCUUGGUCGACUCGUAGCAGCGGAGGAUACAUCAUUCCUAAGACUUCAUUGAUAAGACUUCCUCACGAAGCGAUACAACAAUUGGAUAGAUUGAAGAAUUCUCCACUGCCACAAAUAUAUCCCUGCUUGGAUGCACUUAAUCAGUUGAGCAUGGUGCCAUGGAAAGUCAACACACCGGUGCUUGAUAUUAUCAUAAAUAUAUUCAAUAAUGGUGGGUCUUCGAAACUGGAAAUUCCUGAACCACCUGCUGCACUACCGUUACCAAAACCAGUUUCAUCUAUUAAUAGUACAGAACGGUUUCAUGCGUUUAGGAAGAGGAUGGUCGUGAGGCGUAAAAGAGCAGAAAUGUAUUCUCUUUGGUGUGAUGCUUUGUACCGAUUGUCUCUUGCUAACCAUUUUAGAGACAAAGUUUUUUGGUUACCUCACAACAUGGAUUUCAGAGGAAGGGUUUACCCAUGUCCACCACAUUUAAACCACUUAGGUUCUGAUUUGGCUCGUUCGAUCCUUAAGUUUGCUAAAGGUGAACCGUUAGGUCCUGAUGGUCUUGGCUGGUUGAAGAUACAUCUUGUAAAUUUAACUGGUUUGAAAAAGAGAGAUUCAAAUGCUGAACGAUUGAAGUACGCCGACGAGAUUUUACCCAAAAUACUAGACAGUGCAAACAAUCCUCUAGAGGGAGAGAAAUGGUGGAUGGACUCAGAAGAGCCUUGUCAAACCCUCGCAUGCUGCAUGGAAAUUAGAAAUGCCCUUGCCAAUGAGACUGGCCCAGAAAACUAUAUUUCUCAUUUUCCUGUGCAUCAAGACGGCUCUUGUAACGGGCUUCAGCAUUAUGCCGCCCUCGGCAGGGAUUCUGUCGGUGCAUACAGUGUUAACUUAUCACCUGCUGAAGUCCCUCAGGAUGUGUACAGCUGUGUUGCUGCUAUUGUUGAAAGGGAAAGAAUUAAAGAUGCAAAAGAAGGUGUUCAAAUUGCUCAAGUUUUAGAGGGGUAUGUAAAGAGGAAAGUAAUUAAACAGACAGUUAUGACUACUGUCUAUGGUGUGACGAGAUUUGGUGCUCGUCUUCAAAUUGCAAAACAGCUAAAAGAUAUUGAAGAGUUUCCUAAAGAACAUGUCUGGACUGCGUCAACUUACCUUGUUACAAAGACAUUCAUCAGUUUGAGAGAGAUGUUCACUUCAGCAAGAGAGAUACAGGAUUGGCUUACUGAAACAGCAAAAUAUAUAUCACAAUUUUGUGGUCAAAAUGUUGAAUACGUUACACCCCUUGGUUUACCUGUUGUUCAGCCUUAUGCUAAGCAUAAAGACAAGAUACAUCUGAAGAAGUCAUCCUCAUCAAACUUUCAGGAAUAUUUUCCGUUAGAUAUGUUUGAGAGACCAAAUGUCAUAAAGCAGAGAAAUGCUUUUCCUCCAAAUUUUAUACAUUCACUUGAUUCUUGUCACAUGAUGUUGACUUCUUUGUUUUGUGAAAGAGCUGGCAUUACUUUUGUUUCUGUUCAUGACUGUUAUUGGACCCAUCCUAAAACACUACCUCAAAUGAACAAGAUUUGCCGAGAGCAAUUUGUUGCUCUUCAUUCCCAACCUAUUUUGAAUAAUCUAUCUGAGUACAUGUUACAAAAAUUCAGAUGCUUAGAGAAGGAUGAAAUGUUUGAAGAUCCAUCAUUAGUUAAUUUAACACAAGAAAGACUGAAUUCACUACUUAAACAGUUACCUAAGAAAGGUGAUUUUGAUCUAAAUAAUGUUUUAAACUCAGAAUAUUUUUUUAGUUAACAGGCUGAGUUAUUGCAAUAUUAGCUGUGAUAGAUGUUUUUUUAGAUAAAGACUACAGUAUAUUGGUUAUAAUUUUAUCCAGUUUCAGUUUUUUUUGUAUUUCUUUUCUACCAAUUCUUUCUACUCACUUUCUGUUAUUAUUUACAAAACCAGGACCAUAAUAAUACAUAAUUUGUAAAUAGAUCACUUAUUUUUAAGUCUAGUCACCAUUAUUUUGUGUUGGUAAUAAAGCCCAGUGAAUUGUUAACACAAUCCAAUAUUGUGCUCUAUGUUCUUGUUCAAAUUUUGUAAAUAAAUAUUCUUUUGAACCUUAA